AUGGAAGGAGAUUCUGUAAAAACUGCAGGAAAAGGAGUAAUUCAUAGACUUUCACUUGAUGCUCUUGAUCGUGAUCAUUAUGGUAAAAAAUGGCCUGAUGUAUCUUCUCACCUGAAACACUCAAGACGUAUUGUUGAUGUAAAUCCUGAAUUUACUAGAAACUUAAAAAGAAAAAAGGAAAGAAGUGAGAGCAGAAAAGGAGGUGGUAGUGUAGUAUCAGUUGGAAAAACAUCGGGCCAAGAAAAUGAAUGUCACUUACACUGGCAAGAUUUAAAAUCGAUAGGAUAUAUUGAUGCAGAAAAAGAAGAGACACUAAUUAUUUACAUGAUGUCUGACGAUUUAGCAGAAUCAAGGGAAGAUAAUAUGGUUAAUGAAGGGCCUGGAACUGCAAAUGCUGUGACAAAUGAUGUCUCUGCAACAGGUAUAAUUGAAUUGAGACGAAUAUCAGCUAGAUAUAUUCAACGAAAUGUUUCUACACGGAUUAGAAGCACUGAAACUGGCAUUGUUGAUCAGGUUACGGCUACAACAAUGCUGAAGGAAUGA